AUGUGCAGCUUCCUAGUCACGACUUGGGUCAUAUCAAACUUUACUGCUGUCAAUUUCUUCUUGCGGCCUCGAGGGCCUGAUGGCACACAUGCAGUGCAGAAGGGCCCGUUCACUUUUGUGCACAAUUUGCUCCACAUGACUGGGGAGCGAGUAUUUCAGCCCUUUGUUGAUGGGGAGGCAGUAGCUGUUUACAACGGUGAGAUCUAUAAUUCCAGACAAGUACCCUCUGGCUUUUCUCAGCGGCAUUCAUAUCGAUCAGACGGUGAGUGCUUGCUGCCUUGCUAUCGUCAUCAUGGCGCUAGCUUCCCCAAGAUUCUUGAUGGAGAGUGGGCUCUUGUGCUGGUGGACUUCUCUGCCAUGGAGGCGAUUGUGAGUACUGACGUGUUUGGGACAAAACCUUUGUGGUACUCUUGGCACAAAGGGUUUCAUGCUGCCAGCUACAAAUCGGCGCUUCUGGGGCUUGGAAUCCCUGAGCGACACGUCCAAGCUGCAGCUCCAAAUCAGGUGCUGAGGCUGCAAUUGUCCUUUGCGCACGAUGAGGUUGUUCAAGUAAAUGAAGUUGCCCGCUAUUCGGUGCAUGAGUUUGACCUUCGCCAAUUCAAGACUUCCACCGAAGAUUGGCAGAUGGCCUUCCGACGGGCGGUUUGGAAACGCAUUGCAGCAUCCAAUCAUCCUGUUUUUGUUGGCUUGAGCAGCGGCUACGACUCUGGAGCCUUGCACUUGGCCUUGGAAUCCGAAGCCCCCGAUCAUUCAGCAACCUACUUUACUGUUGCUGCUGAAGAGCUUCCACAAAUAAUCAAGCAAAGACUGGCAGUGCACAACAAGUCUGUUGCUCGGGCUUUCAAGAUCAGUUUAUCUCUUCAAGACUUCCACUCUGAGACUUCCUGGCUGCAUUCAUUUUCGGAGCCCUCGAAAUAUGGGCGGUCAAACUGGGCGGGGGGCUCGGUGCAGGAGGAUGGGGCAGCAGCCGGCCUGUCUUCCAUCUUCAGGCUGUGCAGGAGUGCAGGUAUCCUUGUCUACAUCUCAGGUGCAGGUGCAGACGAGAUCAUUUCAGAUUACGGUUUUUCCGGAAAGAAAUUCUUUCCUCACAGUUCCUUUGGCGGUCAAUUCCCAGAAGAUUUGUCUUCGCUUUUUCCAUGGCAAUCUGUCUUUCUUGGAACGCAACGUGACUACCUUAUGAAAGAAGAAGUUGUUGCUGGUAGUCACGGACUUGAAGCCAGGUAUCCGUUUCUUGACCGAGCGGUCGUUCAAGAGUUCUUGUGGCUGUCGCACAACGUCAAGAAUGAAAUAUACAAACGACCAGUGCAUGACUUCUUAGCUGCUGCUAACUAUCCGUUUGAUGUGGGCAACAAAGAUGGCUUUGCUGCGGGCCGCAACCUCAAACUCUUUCAUGCCAGCUCUAUCUCAAUUUUAUAUGACUCGAUUGCUCAAAUACAGAGUGCCACUGCAAGCUUGGAGAGCAUUUCAGCACCGUCUUGUGUCAGCGGACCCCGCCGCAGCACAUGGCAAGAAGCUAGAUCUCAGAUGGUGACUUUUCUCUCGACUCCCAGCGAUAACAUGGAUGUUAUUGAGCACCUUGGUGUGUCGCUUCUAAGCCUGGCAGGAGAAAUGGCAACCUCAGAGGACAUGGCCGAAGAUUGUCCUUUGGGAAGGGUUUGCUUGCAGCUUUUGAUGCUGCUACUUGCCGAGCCUGGCGCACGCUCUUUCUUUCUACAAACUGGUGCCGAUGACUUUUUGCAGGUAUUGGAUCCAUCAUGGUUGCAGUGGUCUACCAUUGUGGUGUCUGGCUGGCCGCUUUUUGAAUUAUUUUACCGCAUCUCUCAGGAUGCCACUACUGCCACUGCUGGAAAGGCCGCCUCUGUCAGUCUUACUCUCAGCGACUGGUUGCCACUCGCAGGGUGUCGUGGGGCUACGACGAAGGAAGAGGGAUUAGAUUCUGUGCUGGCGGCAACCUUGACAAUGGCUCAGUUGCCGGAAGUUGGUGCGCAAUCCCCAGCCUUGCAAGCAAUUCAACGCCAUCUUGCUGCCUUCUGGGAUGCCCAAGCAAUUCCCAACAAGAUCCAUCAAAUUCUGAAUAGUGCACGAAUGUGCGAAGUCUUUGCAGGGAUGAUGCGCUUGAGUCAGCCUUACUACCGCGUAAACUUGGCACAUGCUUGGCACCUACUGUAA